CGACUUAACUCUUUAACGUAUUAGCUAGUCGUCGCCCGAGUUUAUUUCGAGACUUGAUAUUUUUUUUUUACUUCAUUACAAAUAUUUCACCAAUAUCGAUACCGUUCAAUCCUGUUUCAAACUUUAUUGAUAAUAAGUUUUGUUUCUUUGUAUAAACCAAAAAGUUGAAAUAAUAUUAUUUUUUGAGAAGACAUAUAACACGAAAAUAAAUGAAGUAUAUAUUUUAUACUACAUUUGUAUGAGGUAUACUUCUUAGCAAGAAAUGGAAGCACUCAAUAUCUUAUUUUUUUUAAUAUUAUUGCCACCAACAAUAUUUUUAUUUCGAGCUCUUUAUUUAAUAUUUCAAAUCUGUACAUCUGACUGUAAGUUAGUAAGCCAAGAGACCACCUUGAAAACAAUAUUCUGCAUUGGAUCUGGUGGUCAUACUACUGAAUUGUUAAGGCUUGUUAAAAAACUAAGUACUCAGAAAUACCAACCACGUUUGUAUAUUAUUGCUGAUAAUGAUGUAAGUAGUGAAGUGAAAAUACUCAAUUCUGAAAGUACCAAAUUCUCUAUUAGUAGAAUACCUAGAAGCAGGAAUGUUAAACAGUCUUAUUUGUCAUCAGUUAUAAGUACAUUGUAUGCAAUAUUAAGAACUAUUCCAGUGGUUUAUCGUUUUAAACCAAAUGUUAUAUUUUGUAAUGGUCCAGGCAGUUGUGUACCCAUUUGUAUUGUUGCUUUUUUACUAAGAUGUAUAUUAAUUUUAGAUUGUCGAAUAGUAUUUGUUGAAAGUAUAUGCAGAGUUAGAACACUAUCUUUGACUGGUAAAAUAUUACAAUAUAUUGCUGAUAUAGUAAUUGUUCAAUGGCCACAACUAAGAGAUGUUUGCUUUAGAGCAAAAUAUUUUGGUAGAUUGACUUAAAUGGAUGCACCUAUUUGCCAAUUUAUCAAUAUUUUAGUAUAAAACUUCAAUCAAUAAGUAUUAAGUGAUAAUGAAAUGUAAAUACUAAAAAGAGCUUAAAUUUUUUAAUAAAACAAAGUGAUAACUUGAAAAAUUGUAUAAUUAAUUAAAGUAAUAGUGCCAGGGAGAUCAUAUAACUAAUGUUCUUAUUAUUGAUAAACUUUGAGUAAAGUGUUCUCAAUUUAUCAAUAGUGUAACGGUUAAUAUUGUGGAUUAAAUGCCUAAGCACACUUUUGUAACCUUUAAUGUAAAAUGCAUUUAGUACAAUAUGACAAAAUUUCAAUACAUAAAAUAAAGAUGCAAUAAUACAACAAAUAACUGAAAUAACAACAAAAAUAUAUUAAGAUGGUCAUAAGAUACUUAUCUAUUACUGACUUUUUCAGUAAAAAUAUAGAGAAAGCCAUGUUAUAUUAUUGCUACUCACAAAAUCGAAGCCUGCCCAAGAGAUUUCAUAUUAAGUAUUGCACAUUGUGCAAAAUCUUUAAGUUAUUCCUACCAUCUUAUUUACCGAAUUAUAUUUUUAUUGCCUAAAUAUAAUAAUUAUAGCUUUUAAUAAAGUAAAAGGCACAUUUUUCAUUUAGCAAAGGCAAAUUAUAAAGGCCUAUAAAAUUUCUAUGGCAUUAAUUGCUUUAUUUAUGAACUGCUAAGUACCUACUCCUUAGCAAGCUUAUAUCUAUUAUUAAAAGGAAAUAAGACAGUAGCUAUACUUAGGUACUUAACCUGUUCCAUACUUAUCGAUUAAGUAAGUACUUAUUGCUUAUAUAACUGGGAAUAUAAUUUUCUGCAUUUAAUAAUUUGGUGAUUAUUUCAUAAUAUCAUUUUUUAUUUUUUUAAUGUAUUUAGACCACAGCAUACAACUUAAAAUGUAUGAGUACAUCAGUAUACAUAUAAAAAUAUUUUAUAUUAAUUUAAAAUAUAUUAAUUUAAAAUAUUCAGAACUAAAUAUGUUUUAAUUAACAAUUGUAUCAAUGCAUUUUUUUUUUCAAUUAAUAAAAAAUCAAAAUUGCUUCUCAUUUUUACCACAAAUCCCAUUUCAUGUGCUUUUUUAUAAUUUAUUUACACAUUAUUGCACCAUUUGUAAAAAUAAUAAAUACAGUAAAUUUUAACGAGAAGUGAUACAGAAAAUAAUUGUUACACAUAUUCUAAAAUUUGUUAUAUGUAUUAAGAAUUGUUAUGACUCCUGCAUUCACUGGUAUGUUUAUUUGCAUGGCAAUUAAGUAGGUAGAAUAUAUAAUAGUUGCUUUCUCUUUUGAAUUUAUACUCUUACAUUAUUUUUCAGAUCAAAAACUAUCAAUUUUUAAAAGUAAUCAUUAAUCUAUAACAUAAUGCAUUAUUUCACUGCUAUGGACAACAAUCUAUAUACAUAUAAUUUAAAUGUAAAUGCAUCAGUCUUCACAACAGUAAAUUGCAAAUUAUGCCAUAUACAAAUUUUGUAAAUGAGGCACAUAUAAAUAUACAACUAGGAAUAUAGUGGGGUCAAUUCUGAUGCGGCAGUUUUUUUUAUCUCUGCAUCUAAAAUUUCAAUACAAUAUUGUAGCAAAAUCCUUAAGAUAUAACUAAUAAUCUACUUUAAAAAUGCUUGAAACAAUGUAUUUUAAUUAAAAUUUUAAUUUUAGAGAUAAGGAAGUCAACACUUCAGAAUUGAUCUCAGUGUACGUAAAUAACCCCUUAUAAUAAUAGAUCAUUAUAGUGGAGCAAACUUAUAGUAAACAAUAACUUCACCAUCUGUUUUACACUGGGUUUGAAAUGUUCUUUUAAA